AGCUGGAGAGUCUGGUGACAGGCGGCGUAACUGUGAACUUCUUCCAACUAGCGAAGAGCAGCAAGCCCGCCUCCCCCGCAGCAGCACCAGCAGCAGCAGCAGCAGCAGCAGCAGCAGCAGCAGCAGCGGGGCAGGGCAAACUGCCGUGUCUGCUGCUGGAUGAAGUGGAUGGACUCAGCGGCGGAGACCGCGGAGGCUCUCAGGCCAUUUUGAAGCUGCUGGACAGCAGCCGCAUUCCCAUCAUUUGCGUGCGGACGCUGGCGACCCGCUGCUUAGACCUGCGGUUCGAGCGGCCAACAGCAGCAGCUUUGAAGCAGCGCAUGCAGCAGAUAGCGCGGGCCGAGGGUUUGGAGGUUUCAGAAGAAACCCUCGCGAAGAUCGCCGAAGAGGGGACAUGCGCCAGUGCGUGGGCCAGCUGCAGCUGCUUGCUGCUGAAAUGCGCCAUCAGCAGCAAACCAAUAAAGGGACUCCUUCUGCCGCUAAAGACACACAAGUAA